GGAGUCAUGAAAGUUUCUUUGUUAUUGGACACUAUUACAUUUGUUUGGCUGCAACCUGCGUCUUAACCUUUGGUACACACAGCAGGACUGUAUAUCGGCUGCUUUUUGUGUGCAAGCAGGUAACUUUACCACCAAAGACUUUCGGUAAGACAGCUGUUAAUAACUAGUUAGCUUCAGUAACGUUGGUUAGCAGCACGCUGAGCUGCACAGACAGAAGGAAGCAGGUGAAGUUCAUUAAUCUCCGUUCAUUAUCAAAUAAUCUGGAUUUCGACACGUUCACGUGGAGAUGUUGUCAGCCGUUGUCCGGUCAGCCGUCUCGAAAUACAGCGGGUUGUGGCUGCCCAGUCAGGCUCUUGUCAGGGCCAUGUCGUCGUCGCCGUCUUCAGGUGGUCCCGUCCCUCCUUACACCACCCUGGCCAUCACUCACCCAGCGGAGUCCGUCACACACGUAGAGCUUCACCGUCCUGAGAAACGCAACGCCAUGAACAAAGCCUUCUGGAGUGAGAUGGUGGAUUGCUUUAAUGAGAUAGCUGAAGACCCAGACUGCAGAGUGGUGGUGGUUUCUGGAGCAGGGCGGCUCUUUACAGCCGGUAUUGACCUGAUGGACAUGGCCAGCGAGGUACUCCAACCAGAGGGCGACGACACGGCCAGGAUUUCCUGGAACAUCAGAAAAAUGAUUGCUAAAUAUCAAGAGGCGUUCUCCGUCAUAGAGAAGUGUCCAAAGCCUGUUGUGGUGGCCGUCCAUGGAGCCUGUAUUGGGGGAGGUGUUGACCUGGUCACAGCCUGUGACAUCCGCCUGUGUACCCAGGACGCAUGGUUCCAGGUAAAGGAAGUUGAUAUUGGACUUGCAGCGGAUGUUGGAACGCUCCAGAGACUUCCAAAAGUCAUCGGCAGCCGCAGUUUAGUGAAUGAGUUGGCUCUGACCGCCAGGAAGAUGUACGCGGAUGAAGCCAAGAGCAGCGGACUGGUCAGCCGAGUGUUUGCAGAUAAAGAGGCCAUGAUGGCAGGAGCUCUAGAGAUGGCGGGGGAGAUCGCUGGUCGCAGCCCUGUAGCUGUGCAGGGAACCAAAAUAAACCUCAUCUAUUCCAGAGACCACAGUGUAGCAGAGGGGCUGAACUACAUGGCUACCUGGAACAUGAGCAUGCUUCAGACUCAAGAUUUGAUGAAAUCAGCUCAGGCGGCCAUGGAGAAGAAGAGCCCAAAGACGAUAGCUUUCUCAAAACUCUAAAACUCACUGAGGCCAAUUCAGAUUUAACAAAAGCUGCCUUCAUUAUGGCCUUAUUGUGGGAAAGGGAAACAUGAUGAACAUGAUUCUUUAUCUAGAAUUUGUGGCACUUUGAGGAUGAGGUAACGAGACAGACGGAGGCUUGAAACCGCUUACGAAAUAUUGAGGCUUUUGCUUUUUGGAGUUUGUUUCCAAGUUCUGUCUUAUUGUUUGGUUUACACCUAUACUAUCCUGUUAUCAAAAUGCCAACAGGAUACUAUACUUCCACCCUCAUUGAUACUUAAGAAUCAACAUUGGAUCAUUAAAUUAAGUGUGAGUGAACUUCACACUUCAGCAGGAAUGUGCACUUGAAACAGGAUCUAAAGCUAAACUGACCAUGUGGAACAUCUUGUGUACAGCUGUGGAUUUGUUUUUCAGUUCGUGCUUAACAGCUAGUUUUGUAUAUCUGUAAAUUAAUUCAUGAAUGUUUCUCAUUAAAGAAAUUAAAGUUAGCGUUGACCGAUUUGAAAA